AUGAAAGCUAGUGAUUCAUGGAUGUGGAAACAACUCUUGAAAGUUAGAGAUUUGAUGAUAAGAAGAUAUGGAAGUAUCAGCAAUCUAAUAAACAUCAUUGAAAGUUGUUGCAAGAGUGAAAAUGUCCAAGUUUCCUCUGUAUACAGAAAACUGGUUCAACCUGCACAUAUAGUUAGCUGGAAUGGUACAGUUUGGGGUGGUUUUCAUUAUCCCAAACACUCAUUUAUACUUUGGUUAGCUAUCCAAUCAAGAUUGCUAACUAAGGAAAGACUGUGUCGCAUGAGAAUUUUAGACGCUAAUCAGAAUCAAUGUGUCUUAUGCUCAAACCACAUUGAAACAGUUUGUCACCUGUUCUUUGAUUGCUAUUACUCUGCUGCUGUGUGGAAUUCAGUGAUGGACUGGUUAAAUUUCAGUUGGAGGUCAUGUUCCUGGGGGGAAAUCAUUCACUGGUAUAGCUGCAAUUUAAAAAGGAAAGGACUCACUGAAAGUUUGAAGAAAAUGGCCCUUUCAUCCUCAGUGUAUCAUCUAUGGCAGGAGAGAAACUUGAGGAUUUUUCAGUUCAAAACUCGUCAACCUGAUGUUUUGUUCCGUGCUAUAAAGCUAUCAAUACUCACUAAAAUCUUGAAUGGGGAGCUUCCUGUACAUAUUAGGGAGAAACUUGAAAAUUUGUAA